GGGCGCAUGCGCAGUACUCACGGGAGCGGCUCGUAUCUAAGCGCUGCACCGCCGCGUCUCCAGCAUUCCCCAGCUACGUACAGGGCUUUAAACCAACACACAAUGGCGGUGAACAUUUUGACCACGUCGGUCUCUGUGAAUAACAUGAGCCGUCAUGACAUGCUGGCCUGGGUCAACGACUCUCUGCAGCUCAACUACUCCAAGAUCGAACAGCUCUGCUCAGGGGCAGCAUACUGUCAGUUCAUGGAUUACCUGUUUCCUGGAUGUCUCCUUCUGAAGAAAGUAAAAUUUCAGGCCAGACUGGAGCACGAGUUUAUCCAGAACUUCAAAAUCCUGCAGAAGGCCUUCCAGCGCAUGUCUGUGGAGAAGAUCAUUCCAGUGGAGCGGUUGGUAAAGGGGAGGUUCCAGGAUAACUUUGAGUUCGUGCAGUGGUUUAAAACGUUUUUCGACGCCAACUACACCGGGCAGGAGUACAACCCAGUAGCAGCCAGACAGGGCCAGGACAUGACCCCGCCCCCAAACCCAGGUGAUCACUACAUCCACAGAGCAAAGAGACCCACAGGACAGAGACCCCCUCCCACAGUGAAAAACAUGCCCACGCCUCAGAGGGUCCACUAUAACUCCACCAGGAACUCCACGCCACGGAACGGCCUGGACGCCGAAGUCAAGCUAAAGGAAGAGUUGUCAGACCUGAGGAACAACUUCGAGGGUCUGGAGAAAGAGAGGGACUUUUACUUUGGGAAGCUGCGGGACAUUGAGGUCAUCUGUCAGGAAAACCCCAGUGAACCCAUCAUGCAGCAGAUCCUAGACGUCCUGUACGCCACUGAGGAGGGCUUUGCUCCGCCAGAAGAAGAGGUGAAUCCUGAGGAGGAAUAUUGAGGCGUCUGUCUGCAGUUUUCAUCACUGGGUUUUUUUUUUUACUCUGCACGAAGUCAACACAAAAAAAAACAAAAAAACACUUUAAUUCUGUUUGUUUCUCUCUCUCCUCCUUCACUGUAUCUGCAACAUACACAGAUCAAGCAGAACAUAUGACCACCACAACAGAAAACUAAACCAGGACUAAAACAGGACUAAACCAAGUCUAACCCGAGACUAAACCAGGACUAAACAAGGUCUAACCAGAUACUAAACCAAGACUAAAAAAGGACUAAACCAGGAAAAAACUAGGUCAAACCUGAGACUAAACCAGGUCUGAAGCAGGUCUAAAACAGUUCUAACCCGAGACUAAACCAGGAGUAAAUCAGGACUAAACCAGAACUAAUCUAGGACUAAAACAGGUCUAACCCAAGACUAAACUGAGACUAAACCAGGUCUAACCCAGGACUACAAAUUCUGCAUUAGUCUCUUUAUCUGUCAGUGGUUCUAAUGUUAAUACUUGAUCAUUUCAUUCAGUAACAACUAAAACAAACCUGGAUUUAAUUUAAACUUACUCCAGUAUAAGUUUGUAAAUACUACUGAUACUUUGAAUUUUUGUUUUCACAGUUCUGUAUUUGUCUUUUAACAAAUCUGUAAAGCUCUUCCUGUUUGUGCCAUUUGGACAAACACUGAGCUACUAACUGAACAGCACCUUCUUUUUAUUUAAUGAAUUAUAAUUAAGUAUAUUUUACAGGUUGAACUAGUCUAACAACUACUGAAAACUGAACGGUACACAGUAACUUGGGUCUGUUGAACUGCAAAACUCAUGCUAACAUGCUAACACGCUAACUUAUAUUUUACAGUGUUCAAAAAUGAACGAAACGUGAAAAUUAACUUAAAACUUUUACAUGUAUUUGUUGCUGUUUGGAUGUGAUUUUAGUUUGCCUUGUUGUUUCUUACUAACUUUUUGGGUAUUUUUGUGAGAAUCGAAUGUUAUGUUUGGGAAUGUUAAACUUUGACGGUGAAUGAAUGAUUAUUUUAAGUUUAUUUGUAAAUUUUGUCAGAUUUUGUUGCACAUUUUAUGCAUUUUAGUGCAGGCUAUUUUAUUUAAAGGUGACCUAUGUAACAAGCCAUGUCCAUAGAGAUGUCACUGCUUUGCCUGAAAUGUUCCACAGUAUGGCUUUAAAGGGCUCAUAUUAAGGGCGCUUAUUUAUGUGUGAUGUUUGUUCAAAAAUGCACCUGGAGUUGUGUUUUGUUUCACUCACACAAACCCCACAUAUUUAAGUUCUUCUCUAGUAUGGAAAAACACUCUGUUCCACCUUGUGAUGUCAUGUGGUGAUACAGGAAGUGCUCCACUGUGUUUUUAAAGUCCACACACCUUCACUAGAAUCACUUGGAUCAUUUCAGACCUGGAAUUGUCAGUCUCUACUGAACUAAAGGUAAAAGGAGAUGUUGAAAACUACCACUUCAUGACAUCACAAGGUGGAACAGAGCAUUUUGAGCUUUGUAGAUUUAGACAGACUGAUAAUAAAGUGUUACUCAAACAUGUGAAUGAAACACAACACAAGUCCAGGUCAAAAGAUCACAGUUUUGUGUAAUAUGGAACCUUUAAACCCAUGGGUGUUUUUGUUCCUAAAAAUACAUUUAAACUCAUUCCUUCUUACCGUGGUGGGCUCGCCCUUCCACAGACUUGAUUUGUAACUUCCCCUAAUGGCACCUGCUUAUAUUAAUGCCCUACUGUGGAAUAUUCUAAACAGAGCAAAUAACAUUUCCAUGGAGUAGCAGGUGGUGGAUCAUCCACCAGAAAAGUUACAUAGUGCUCCUUUAGCACACAGUUUGGACUUAUGGUCACUAAUGCCUUUAUUUAAUCUAUGACUUUUUUAUAUGAUUAUGAUUAAAAAAAAGGAAAAGUAAAAUGGUUAAUGCUGGAAUGUUGGGUCAGGAGGGACGGUCUGAUGUGACUGGUCAUUCGAAGUUUGCGAACAGGGUAUUUUUUUUUUUUAAGUUAGGAAAUGGUUACGGUUAUUGUUAAGGUCAGGGAAAGGUUUGGAGGUGUAACAUGUUAGCAGAAGCAACUUUAAAGAGGAGGUAUUAUGCAAAAUCGUAUAUUUUUUUAAACUUUCCAUCAUUUUAUAACAUCCCUGACAGUUUGUUCUGCUCCCUGCGCUCAUCCUCAGAGUCGUCUUUAGAGUCACGUGAUGUUGCUGUGACAUGUUGCUCAGCUCAUUUAAACAGGGUUUGUCUCUGUCUUCCUGCUUUAGGAGGCAGGACGACAGCGCCUCCUGCAGUCCAUAACGUGGUUCUGCACAUUAUGGACUGAUGAACCAUCACAGGGACAGAGGACAACAAACAUCAUCACAACUGAAAUAUGGAAAUGUAUGGAAAUAUGGAGACAAGGGUCUUUUUUACUCUCACACACUGGGAUACUGUCCUGAGGAAGUGGGACUGCAGGUGGCGCUGUCGUCCUGCCUCCAUUGGUAGAAAGACAGAGACAAAACCUGUUUAAAUCAUCUGAGUGACACAUCACAGAAACAUCAUGAGAUUGAGGAAGAGCACAGGCAGUAAAACAACCUGUCAGGGAUGAAAACAAACUCUUGGUCUGAAAAAAGAACCUAAUAACAAACUAUCAGAAGACCAAAUGAACCUUGUUGGAGCUUUCUUCCCUGUUAUAACAUUGUUCUCUCAUCAAAAACAUGCCUGAAGAGGUUUUAAAUAUCAUCCAUGCAUGUUUGAAUAAUCUCAAGAUCUCUACUGGCUCCUAUUUAAACCCUCCUUACUAAUAUGUGUAGGAUUUUGUACAAGGCUCCGCCCACAAGCCUACAUCACCCGUGCUCCCAGACAGCAGUUCUCCAUAAAUACACAAAAAAACAUGAUACAAAACUGUACACAGCAGCUUGACAAACCUAAUGCGAUGUGCAGGAGUUUCAGUAAUGGGUGCUCUGAGGGGGGCGUGACUUAGUGCAGGGAGUGGAGUGACUUGUUUUUGAUGAAUAUAGCAUUUUCAAAACAAUAAAAGAUAACACAGUGAUCCAACAGAAGUAACAUACCGCCUCUUUAAGGUCAGGGUUUGGUUAUAUUCGGGGUCUGGAUUACGUUAAGUGAAGAUGAGGAAAACAGUUAAAGUUACGUUCAGGAAAAGGCUACUGGUUACCGUGGCAACCAGAGGCAACCAUCACUUCCGUCGCUUCAGACCCGACGUUCCGCACUAACCGAGUAAAAGCGUGUGAGUGCAAAAUGGCGGACAGUAGCAUUUGAAAACAUGGGGGAAAUCUGCAUUGAUGUCUAUGGAUAAUGUGGGUUGUAGCAGAACUAACAGAGGUUGUGUCUUGAUCUUUUGACUUUAGUGGAAAAUUUCAAAAUGGUUUAACGGCACGGAUCCAGUAUUUUAAUAAUAAAAGUGUAUUCUGUAACUUUUCUGCCACCUCCUCGUUUCCAUGGAGAUGUUAUUGCUUCACCGACCAGAAAAGUUACACAGUGCAGCUUUAAAGUUAAAAUAAAGCUUGUUCAAAAUGUAUAACUGCUAAAUUGUCUUAUUCUAUUUAAAUCACAUACGCCCAGUUAUUAAAAAGGCAGUUAUUGUUACUAUCUAUUCUGCAAAACAGUUUAAAGACCAAAAUCAUAUACAUUUUUUAUUUAUUUAUUUUUUUAUUUUAACAUAGUCACUGAUCAUAAUUCACCAAACAAUUAUUUCAAAGUUAAUAUUUAAACAUUGAAACCAUGGAUUUUUCCUCUAAAGUCAUAUUAUACUUUUGUGUUUUUAUUGAACUGUUGUAAUCAAACGUGUGCAUACUAACACUCGUCAUCAUCGCUCAUUGACUUCUGUGUGAAACGUGACAAAGGCUGGGACAGACUCCACACACACUGCUCAGACAGUUGAAUUAAGAAAACUCAUUUAAUGUCAUUGUGCACUUUUGUUUAUUUGCUGUGAAUCUUUGGACAUUUAUGCAACAAUCUACAAGACAUGGAGCCUUUGGGUUUUGAAUAAUUAAACCAAUGGGAAAGAAAAA